AGAGAGAGAGAGAGAGAGAGAGAGAGAGAGAGAGAGAGCGAGUGGGGGGACAGAGAGAAAGCUGAUAGCAUUAAACAUGUAAAGAAGAGAGAGAAAGAGACAUCGCAGUGAGUACUAGAUAGCGGUGGAGGAGAGCAAAGAUGGAGUGAUAUAGGAGGAGAGGAGAGUAACCCAGCCUCGCUAAACGGCUAAACGGCGGUGUCAGCUGGUGUUGUCCUUACCGGGAGAAUCUAACGUUCACAUCAGGAGUCCGUCCGUUGACAGACAAACUGAAGGAAUCGCGCGCUGUGAAGGAAGAGGGAUUGAUUUAGCCUACUGACUCCCGGUGGUAGAGAAGAGGGGAACUGCAGCAAGACAGGACCAACCAUGGAGCCGGUUUACAGUUAAACGGGACUGUUGUUUGGUUGAUUGGAGCUGAAACUCCGAUCUACUGAACCGACAUUAGACCGUUCGUAACGGCAGGGUUCGGGAGAAGAACACUGGCGCAUGGGACUAUUCGGGUUAACGGUUUUUAAUUAACGUGAUUUCAAUUUUUUGGGGACCAAUCUGUUCCCUGUGUAUCCUCUGUUUCAGUUUCAUCGGUAGCACGUGCAGCGUGUUAUUUAUGUAAUAUAGAGGAUAUAUAUGAAGCUUGGAAGGUGCCGCUAGCUUGGGGGAAGGCUCUGUUAAGGCGACAGUAGGCGGGAUGUUUGUGUCGGUGUGGUACGCUAAGAAGAUGGGCCGCCGGUUUAUUCAAAAUGUCAGGAAGGCCAAGAAACAACGACAACGGAUGAUGGUAGGAGGAAUGAAUGGAUCAGAGGGAGAGGUGGAGUAUGAAGAGAUGACAUUAGAGAGGGGGAACUCUGGCCUAGGGUUCAGUAUAGCAGGUGGAACAGAUAACCCCCACGUUGGAGACGACCCAUCGAUCUUCAUCACCAAGAUCAUCCCUGGAGGAGCUGCCGCACAGGACGGAAGGCUCAGGGUGAAUGACAGUGUGAUACUAGUAAACGACGUUGAUGUCCGUGAGGUGACACACAGCUUGGCUGUGGAAGCUCUAAAGGAGGCGGGGCCAGUUGUUCGUCUCUACGUCCUCCGGAGAAAACCACCCAUGGAGACUGUCACACAACUCAAACUCAUCAAAGGACCUAAAGGGUUGGGGUUCAGUAUAGCAGGUGGACUAGGGAACCAGCAUGUACCAGGGGACAACAGUAUCUAUGUGACUAAGAUCAUCGAGGGAGGAGCGGCCUGUAAAGAUGGACAUCUACAGAUAGGAGAUAAGAUACUGGCUGUGAACCAGGUCUGUCUAGAAGAUGUGAUGCAUGAAGACGCAGUAGCAGCUUUGAAGAACACAGCCGAGGUGGUCUACCUGAGAGUAGCCAAACCUUCACACCUUUACACACCUGACCAGUACAGUCCCCCUGACCUCACCUCAUACAUGGACCCAGACAUGGGCACUAACUACCUAGAUUACCCACAAUCCUCUCUGCCACCGCCCUCGCCACGACGCUACUCACCCAUACCGCACGGCAUGAUGGGAGAAGACGACAUCCCCAGUAGAGAGGCCAGGCGUGUGUUUAUCCACCGAGGGUCGACCGGUCUGGGUUUUAACAUCGUGGGGGGAGAAGACGGUGAGGGGAUCUUCAUCUCCUUCAUCCUCGCUGCAGGACCAGCUGAUCUCUCAGGAGAACUACGCAAGGGAGACCAGAUCAUGAGUGUGAACGGUGUGGAUCUGAGACAUGCAACUCAUGAACAGGCUGCAGCAGCUCUGAAGAACGCUGGACAGACUGUUACUAUCAUCGCUCAGUAUAGACCUGAUGAGUACUGCAGGUUUGAGGCUAAGAUCCAUGACCUGAGAGAACAGAUGAUGAACAGUAACAUGAGCUCUGGGACCAUCAGAGCCAACAGGACCUUCUAUGUCAGGGCCCUGUUUGACUAUGAUAAGACAGCAGACUGUGGGCUGUUGAGCCAGGCAUUGGGCUUUAACUUCGGGGAGGUGCUGCAUGUGACUGACUGUAGUGAUGAAGAGUGGUGGACUGCUAGGAGACUGGGACAACAAGGACAACUGGAGGAACUGGGGUAUAUACCCAGCAAACACAGGGUGGAGAGGAAGGAGUGGUCUCGUAUGAAGAAUAAGGACCGCAGCAGCUUCGUUCAGAGUUAUGAGUCUGUUACACAGAUAGAAGUCCACUAUGUGAGGCCUAUCAUUAUAUUGGGUCCUACUAAAGACAGAGUAAAUGAUGAUCUUCUCUCUGAGUUUCCUGACAAGUUUGGCUCCUGUGUUCCACAUACGACACGGCCCCAGAGGGAGUAUGAGGUGGAUGGGCGGGACUACCACUUUGUGUCGUCAAGGGAACAGAUGGAGAAGGACAUCCAAUCACAUCACUUCAUAGAGGCGGGUCAAUACAACAGUCACCUGUAUGGAACCAGCGUUCAGAGUGUUCGCAUGGUUGCAGAGCAGAUGGGGAAACACUGUAUCUUAGAUGUAUCAGCUAACGCCGUGAGGAGACUACAGGCAGCUCAGCUUCAUCCUAUUGCUAUCUUCAUCAGACCAAGAUCACUGGAAAAUAUACUUGAUCUGAACAAGCGUUUGACUGAGGAGCAGGCCAGGAAGGCUCUGGACAGAGCUGUCAAACUGGAACAAGACUUUAUAGAAUGCUUCUCAGCUAUUGUGGAAGGGGAGAGUUUUGAAGAGGUUUAUCACAUGGUGAAGACUGUGAUCGAAGAGCAGAGUGGACCCUAUAUAUGGAUACAAUCAAGAGAAAGACUAUAGAGGAGAGGAGAGGAGAGGAGAGGAGAGGAGAGGAGAGGAGA